AUGAUGGAGAACAGGAAGAGAGAACGGAACUUCCGGUCCAAGGCCUUAUGGGUCAGGAGGCGGGUCUUCUCCCGAGCUAACCAAAGAAACGCAGCGACCAAGAGGAAGCGGCAUAUUUUCAGAGCCUUGAAGACAAGGGGCAACACCCCAAAAUAUGGACUCAUUUUCCACUCUACUUUCAUUGGUCGAGCAGCUGCCAUGAACAAAGGCCGCAUCUCCCGAUACCUGGCAAACAAAUGCAGUAUUGCCUCACGAAUAGAUUGCUUCUCUGAGGUGCCCACAAGUGUGUUUGGCGAGAAACUUCGAGAGCAAGUUGAGGAGCGGCUAUCCUUCUAUGAGACGGGAGUGACUCCACGGAAGAAUCUGGUUGUCAUGAAGGAGGCAAUGGGAGAGGAAGCGGCUGCUGAGAUUGCCAGAAAACUGCAGAAGGAAGAGAAGAAACGCUUGAAGAAGGAAAAGAAACGCUUGGCCGCAGCUGCCCUUGCCUCUUCAGAAAACAACACCCCCGAGACCACUACCCCUGAGGAGUGUGAGGAGCCAAGUGAAAGGCCCAAAAAGAAGAAAAAGAAAAAAAACCGGGAGGUGCCUCAAGAGAACGGGAUGGAUGAAGAACCCUCUGCCUCCAAACCCAAAAAGAAAAAGGCAUUUUCCAUGGAGGAGCAAAUUAAUAGUGAUGAUCUUGAAGAGACCACUGUCACUGUAAGUCUUCCUCAGAGGAAGAGGUCACCAGCUAGUGAUCAGGAAGAAGCUGAAAACAAGGUUUCCAAGAAAAAGAAGCGGAAAUUCUCCCUUAAGGAGGAGCCACUCAGCAGCCCUGAAGAAACUGGGUGCAGCAUUAAGAGUAAUGGCAGUGCCAAGAAAAAGAAAAAGUCACAAAAACAAUCUCAGGAAGACUAAAAGGACACUUGGGUGACAACCUGUACCCCCAAUAAAGACA